UGGCAUCCUGUGGCAGUCCUGCCCUGAGGCGCAGCAGGGAAGUAGUCAGAGGUCCUCUUGGUUUUCAAACACAGAACCUCGGGGAGAAUGGUCUGACGUCAACUCCGAAGUUAAUAAGUAAAAGUCUGUGAUCAGUGGUGAACCCGAUGAGUUGCUAUUCAUGAGAGGGAUACACUUAUAGCUGAAGGAAGAAGCAGAAGCGAGUGAAGGAAGGAACAGCAGCCAAAGAAGAAGAAGGGAGGAUGAGAACCCGACUAAAGAUGUCGGGUUUGGUGAGAGUGAUGGUGAUGGCAACACUGGCCGCUCUGCCCAGCCUGAGUUCGGCCCAGUGCUUCGGCGGGACAAUAACCAUGGAGAAGACAGUCGGUGUGGACUUCAACGAGAAUUCGCAGCCCCUUUUGGCCAAGCAGGACGCGGCUGUGACGAGCGAAUGCACGAGCAUCUGCAAGGGAACGCCGGGCUGCAAUGCUUUUACUAUUGACUACAGCACCUCGAGUUGCAAAUCCUAUGACAGGACUUCGAAGGACCGACGCCGAUCGCUCAUUCCCAAGCAAGGGUUUAACUUCUUCGAGAAAGUGUGCCUUCGCGGAGUCGACUACAACCAGCUGUGCGGCCAAGAGCGACUAUGGGCCUUCGAGCGCGUGUUAGAUGCCUACCUGGAUGGUUUCGAUAACAAGACCAUUCCCAACGUCGAUAACAGGGCCGAUUGUAUGAAGUUCUGUCUGGUUGAGACGGAGUUCACUUGCAGAUCCGCCGAAUAUGACAAAAUCAGGAAACUCUGUCAGCUGAGCAAAGAGGACAGGAGGACUCGACCCACCGAUUUCAUUUCUGCGCCCGGGUCCGCCGUCGACUAUCUGGAGAACCAGUGUGUGCGAUCCCUCCCCGACUGCCGCUAUGAUGUGCAAAACGACGUGAUGGUCAUUUCAAUGGACUCGCUAGAAUUCGCAAACGUUCAGAACGACUGCCAGAGCCUUUGCGACAAGACAAGGUUCAUGACGUGUCGUUCUUAUACGUUCGAUUCCAGGGAAAAGAGGUGUUAUCUCUCUGGCGAUGAUUCUGUGUCUCUCAACAAGACUGUUUUACCCAUCAAGGCGGGAGUUGUAACAGGAGAGAAGCAGUGUACAGUCAGUCAGUGCGAGCGCGACCAGGGCACGAUCAUCUACGAGAAAAUCACAGGUCAGACCGUGAGGACAGCGAGGGAAUCGCUCUAUAACCUUGACACUUCUCCCGGAGGCAUCUCAGAGAAAUGCGCACGGCAAUGCAUGGACGACUCAGGAGAGUGCCCCGCCUUUGCCGUCGACUACAUCAACACCCGCUGCUUCAAACUCGACCGUAACACUCAAGGUCGAGUACAAGAUAUCGUCGAGUCCCCGGGGAAGAGUUACUUCGAGAAGACCUGCGUGAGAGCGACCUUACCCGCCCAGUGUCGAGGAAGCACGUGGCAGUUCGAGCGAGUGAUUGGGAAGGAACUGCGCGGAUUGGAUGAUCAGGUUUACAAUCUCGUGCAGAGUCGUAGAGAUUGCAUCGAGCGCUGCCUGCAGGAGACGGCCUUCCAGUGCCGAUCCGCGGAGUACGACAGCACGGAACUCACCUGUCGCCUGAGCAGGAGAGACAGGAGGUCGUCUCCCUUGGAUUUCGUGGAUUCCGUGUCGCCGACGGUGGAGUACCUGGAGAACCAGUGCGUCCCUGUGGACGAUACCUGUCCUUACCAACGCACCGACAGUGCCUACCCUACGUACCUGGAUGUCACUGUUGAGAAUGUAGUGUCCGAGUUACAGUGCCAGAGAGAAUGUACAAAUUACAGAUCUUUCAACUGUCGUUCUCUCGCCUUUAGACCAACCGGAUCCCAGUGCUUCCUCUCUGGAGAUGAUACAAUUUCCGGCGGAGGGGAAGAUGCCAAACAGAACCGUCCAGGCACCAUCUACUACGAGAGAGACUGCCUUGGUGGAGGAAGUGGUGGAGGAGGAGGAGGAAUCGGAGGCGGCGGUGGGGGAAUUGGAGGCGGCGGCGGGGGAAUCGGAGGCGGCGGAGGAGGAAUUGGAGGCGGAGGAAUUGGCGGCGGCGGCGGGGGAAUUGGAGGCGGCGGAGGAGGAAUUGGAGGCGGCGGUGGAGGAAUUGGCGGCGGCGGCGGGGGAAUUGGAGGCGGCGGAGGAAAUGGAAUUGGAGGAGGUAGUGGUGGUGGCUCUGGUAUUGGCGGAGAAACAAAACACACAUGGGAUGCUGAAGCAUAUCCCAAGGGUCAGAGUAAUUUGCUGCAGUCUACCCAGAAGUCUCAGGUUGGAGCCGUUUUCUAUGUUGAGACCCCCGUCCCCCCAAUACACAGCUUCAUUUACACUUUAAAAGCACCCUUACGAAAGUACCACAUAGACAUUCGAACUGGCGGCGUUUACGGUAUCCAGUCCUCUGUUGGUGGCGGGGAGUGUGCUUGUAAGACAUUCAAAGACCCUUGGAUAAGGAAUCGAGUAGCGUAUCUUGUCCGCAAAGUACUGAGUUGUUCACCUUUACCGUCUCCUGGGGGUCCUGGUUCGUUCUUUACCACACCUCCAGGCGACUUCUUGUUCCAAAUAGAUCGCUGUUCCCUCGGCGGACUCACCUACGAGAAAAUCACCGGCUAUGAGCUAUCGGGGGUGAGGUCGGAGAUCCUGACUUCGAGUGUGACUCCAGGCAUCACCGCCGAGUGCGCCCGCCUCUGCGCCAACACGGAGAACUGCAUGGCCUUUAACCUGGACUACAACAGGGUGGAGUGCUAUUCCUUGGACACGCCGGCCGCUGACGCCCCCACCAACCUCAGGACCUCCAGCGGCGUCGCCUACUUCGAGGGAGUGUGUUUGAGGAGUGGCGGAUGUGGCCUCCGCUGGACCUACGAGAGAGUGCCAAACUACGAGCUACGGGGCCAGGAGAGAGACACCUACAGUGGCAUCAGCAAAUCCGAGUGCAUGGAGAAGUGCCUCGAUGAGCGCCGUUUCGUCUGCCGGUCUGCCAGCUACGAGUACUCGCGGCGGCUGUGUCGGGUGUCGGAUCAGAACCGGUUCUCUGCCCCGGCGUCGUUCCAGGCAGCCCCCAACGUGGAUUAUAUGGAGAACCAGUGCGCGCCAAAGCCAACCGGCUGCCGCUACACGAACGACCAGCGGGACCGUUUCCUGAUCUACACGACCAAAACCGUGACGUCUUUCAGUAACGAGGAGUGCAUGCGAGCGUGUGACGUCGAGACGGAGUUCAACUGCCGUGCAUAUUCGUUCAUGAGUGCGGCUGGUACUCCCCGCGACCAGUGUUACCUGAGCGGAGACACGGGUACCAACGCUGGAAACAAUGCAUUCCAGUUCAGGUCAGGUGCAAUGUUUGCCGAGAAGGAGUGCACUGAUUAUGCAGGCACUGGAGGCACUGGCAAUGGAGGUUCUACUGGCGGAGGAUUCGGCGGAGGUUCAGGAGGAUUUGGUGGAGGAAGUGGAGGAGGAGGAUUUGGAGGCUCUGGUGGUUUCGGCGGAGGAUCAGGAGGCUUUGGAGGAUCGGGUGGAGGAGGAGGAGGUUUCGGUGGAGGCUCAGGAGGAAGUGGAGGCUUCGGUGGAGGAGGCGGAGGUUUCGGAGGCUCGGGAGGAAGUGGAGGCUUCGGAGGCUCAGGCGGAAGUGGAGGCUUCGGAGGCUCAGGCGGAGGAGGCUUCGGAGGAUCUGGAGGAGGAGGCUUCGGAGGAGGCUCCACUGGCAGCACAGUGCUGAACUGCCGAUUCUCGACAACUUAUGACAAGGUGAUGGGCGUCGAUCUGCGAGGCGCCAGAGAGGAGAUUCGGGCACGUGACCAGCUGGGCAUCACCGUCGACUGUCUGAAGGAGUGCGACCGCCGGAGGGACAGGUGUCUUGCGGUCACCCUCGAGACGUCGCCCUCGACCGCGCAGAGGUGCUACGCCCUCGAACGCGCCGCUGGAUCCGACCCGAGUGUGCUGACUUCAGCCCCUGAGGUCUCCUACUUCGAGAAGGUCUGCAUUCCGGAAACUACUUGCGGAAAAGCCUGGACAUUCGUUCGUGUGAUUGGCCACGACUUGCGCGUCAAUGGGCGAAUCCUGAACAACGUGCCAACGCGAGAGGAGUGCCAAGCCGAGUGCCUCCGUGCCUCUGACAUCCCCUGCAGAUCUGCGGUGUACGACUUGCGCCAACGUACCUGUAAGCUGAUGGCCGAAACCAGGAGAACGGAUCCGGACAAGUUCGGCUUCAGGUCACGUGAUCUCGAAUUCCUGGAGAACCAAUGCGCUCCCGACCCGCCCAACUGCGACUACGCUAACUACGAGGGUCGAUUCCUGCCUUAUUUCGACCGCUUCUUCACCAACGUGUUCGACCCGGCGGAGUGUAAGCAGUACUGUGAUAGCGAGAGGGACUUCGCCUGCAGGAGUUUCAAUUUCCAGUCUUUCAGAAGAGAAUGUUCACUGAGUUCAGACGACACGUUCACAGUCGGGGGCCAAAAUGCCUUGCAAGUCGAGAGGGACUAUUUCUACUCGGAGAAGGCUGCGUGCAAGACAGUGAAAGUCGACUGCACGCCCACGGACAUGGUAGUGACCUUCAGCUUCGGCACGGCCUUCGAAGGACGCAUUUACGCCACGGGGAAUGCGCAGGCGUGUUUCGAGAUGGGGAAUCGCCAGACGCAGGUGUUCUUGAGGUUACCGCUGGGAGCUACUUGUGGAACGCAGGAGGAGGCUCCGGGCAAAUUCGUCAACACGGUGGUGGUCCAACAACAUCCUCUCAUCAUGCAAGAAUCGGACAGGACGGUCAGAGUGGAGUGUUCUUUCGAGGCAGGAGACCAGACCGUGAGCUUCGCCCCCCAGGCUGGUGCGGGCAGGACAGGAGGAGGCAUUGAUAUCAACGCCGGCUUCAGACCCGUAGGCGAUUCGGACAUCAUCAGCAACACCGCCCCCACGCCCACGGUCCGCAUGCGCAUCUACAAGGCCACGGGGCAGGAGGCCAACAACGUCGACCUUGGCGAACUCCUGACGCUGAAGAUCGAAAUGGAACAGACUUCCGCUUUCGCCAUCUUCGCCAGGAAUCUCGAGGCCAGGACGGAUAACGGGGAGAUUAUGACCCUUAUUGACAACAUUGGAUGCCCCCGCUACCCCAGCAUCUUCCCAGAACUCCAGGUGGAGGAGCGAACCAAGAGCCUGUUUGGCAACUUCAAGGCUUUCCGGUUCCCGUCCACCGCCAGAGUCAACUUCGUGGCCACCAUCCGGUUCUGUCAGGAACGUUGCGAACCGGUGUCAUGCGGAGCCGGAGUAGUGUCAUACGGGCGCCGCCGCCGCCGGGCAGCGAACUCGACCUUCUACGACAGCGAGUCCAAGGCCUUCCACGAGGACGACCUGGAGGACGACGAGCUGGUCCUCGAGCUGGAGACGGCGGGCGCGACGACGGAGGACGCCUUCACCCUCAGCGUCACCGCGGGCGGCGCGAGGGACGCCACGCUCGUCGACGACCCCAUCGACGCGACUCGAACCACCAGGCGCUCCACCUCCUCCUCCAGCAGCUCUCGUUCCUCCAGGAGCACGUCGCCCUCCACCUCCACCUCCACCUCCACCUCCACCUCCACCUCCACCCAGAGGUCGGAUGUGGAUGACCUGGAGGAGGAGGAAGAAGUGCCAGAGGAUAUUCCUGUGGCUUUGUCGCUGGUUGUCGGCGAAGAUACGAUGCCUGAAGGUUGGGAUAAACACGAUCGUUAUCGCUAUCGUGACGAGACAUAUGUUGCAGACGACUACGUGUGCACUCCCACCUCCACCGUGAUCGCUGCCGUACUGACGCUGCUGGUUCUCCUGUGCGCUGUGUCCGGCGGUUUUGUGUUCUUCUACCGGUCCAAAAAGCGCCAUUGGCAGAAAAUGGGCAGUUGUGAGCCUUUCCCCAUUCCACCACAGCCAAAGAGCCAAUUCUACAACAGCCCAGAAGUCAUGUUCCGUGCUGCAUACGGAGGUUUCCCUGGCCAGUCCAACAUGGCGUCCAACAUGGCGGCUUUUGGCACUCCUCAGGCACUCUCUCCCAUGCACGAGGAAUCACCGCAGUACAAGGAAUAAAUAAGCAGAGUGUAAGAAAUAAAGAAGAGUAAAACA